CACACGCGCAGGAAGGCGAUGAUGGUCUCAUCUUCGAUGACGACUUUUAAACGUACUGCUCUUGCUGCUGCUGCUGCUGCUGCUCUAACGAUUGUAACAACAUAAUGGUCUUUCUGUGUGUUUCCUUCAUUUUCAUUUUGGUCUGUCGGGUUGGGAAUGGUCGAUGGUGUCAUUGGGUUUUUUUUUCUUUUUUCUUUUUACAUGCUUUUCUUUUUUUCCCUCUUUUCUUUUUCUUUUCUAGCUCUUUCGGUUCUUGCAAGCAUGGCAUGCCUUGUCGUUUGAAGGGGUUUUCACUGCAAAGCGUUUUUUGCCAUACCAAUUGCGAAACUCGGGGGCUUUUCCUUUCUUUCUUUCUGGGUUUUUUCUUCUCUUUCUCUUUCUUCUGGUUUCGAGUUGAUAUAUGGGGUUUCUUUUGUGUGUGUUUCUGGCUGGUCUCAACUCUCAAAAAACAAAACUCGUGUACUGUAAAGAUGCAAUGAUUGGUGGUGAUGAUGAUGGUGAUAGUGGUUGGAAAGCGGAAUCGAAUUGAGUGCCUGUUCGGACUUGCUAUCACUUGCUGGUUUCUAUUCUACAUGCUCAAUUACAAAUGACGAAC